AUGCAUUGUUCGUCUCCCAAAAUGGUUUGUGAGACUAAGAUUGUGGCGGAAGAUCAUGAAUCCAUUUCAGGAUCCAAAAAAGAUGCGAUCAUUGUGUCUUCCUCCCAGAUGUGGCCCUCCUUAUCCGGCUCACCUUCCUCCUCUCCCCCAGCUUCUCUGAGUGGCGUGGAAGGGGAUUUCAAGAAAGACCACGUUUAUAUACGAGAAUUUCAUCCUUCCGAGCAAGAGGUGGUGCGCCGUAUAUUUUAUGAAGGAAUCAUGGAAAGGAUUCCUAACACCGCAUUUAGAGGGUUAAAACACCAGCCCCUCAUUCAGUUGAUCUAUGGGAUAUUCGCUAUAAUAUGCUUUGUUGUGACCAAGUCCUUGCUGCUGACCUGCUGUUUGCCCAUCUUUCUGAUGGGUAUGAGGUACUACUUCAGUAGAAAAGUUAUCCUCAGCUAUCUCGAGUGCGUGCUGCAUACGGACAUGUCUGAUAUUGAGAAUUAUUACAUGAAACCACCAGGCUCCUGCUUCUGGGUAGCUGUGUUGGACGGAAAUGUGGUGGGAAUCGUGGCUGCGAGAGGCAAUGAGGAAGACAACACCAUGGAGCUGCGCCGCAUGUCCGUAGAUUCCAACUUCCGGGGUAAAGGGAUUGCCAAGGCCCUGGGCCGCAAAGUGCUGGAGUUUGCCAUGCUCAACAACUAUUCCUCCAUUAUACUGGGAACCACGGCUGUCAAGGUGGCAGCCCACAAGCUGUAUGAAUCCUUAGGGUUCAAACAUGUGGGCAUCAUUGAACACUACACCCUCCCUGGGAUGACGCAUUCCAUACUAGAGAGAAUGUUUUUCCAGCUUCGCUACCACCGCUACCGCCUGCAGCUGCGUGAAGAAUAG